UCCUCUUCACCGAUUCAAACCCACUCAUUCAUCACAUCCCGGCACCCCCCUCCGCCACCUUCCACGGCGGAAACGCCCAUAUCCUCCUCCCCGAGUUCCCGGACCACCACCGACAAGUUUCUUCAUAUGAAACCGACAUUAUAAUAAAAAACAAUGUCCUUACUCGGGGUGCCAAUAAGGGUGGAGGCCGUUUAAAACCGUUGAGGACUCACCCGAUGGUGUUUCUGAGCAGGACGGUGAGGAAGAAGAAGGUGGCGAUUAAAAACGACCGGCACACUAAAAUAAUGACCGCCCAAGGGUUGAGGGACCGGAGGGUUCGGCUCUCAAUAAGCGUCGCCCGUAAGUUCUUUGAUCUCCAAGACACUCUGGGGUUCGACAAGCCGAGCAAAACCCUCAAUUGGCUCUUCGCCAAGUCCAGGCUCGCCAUCGAAGAGCUCGUCCGUGCCAAGGACGAGAACGCUGGCGAGCCUCUGGAAAUGGGGAAGAGGGCAAAACCCUAUCCCUUCAAAGAUGAAAGCGGCGGCGUUGGGAUUGGAAUUGAUGAGUGUAGCGGGGACAAUGUCGCGAGAGAGUCGAGGGCAAAGGCGCGGGCGAGAGCUAGGGCAAGAACCAUCAUCAAGAAAAUGUGCACUAAGGAGGCAAUAAUAAUGAGUGAGGAGAAGAAGAAGAUGUUACCACUCCCAAGUAGUGCUGAUCCGCCGGCUGAGGUUCCCAAACUUCCCUUAAUAAUCAAAUCUCUCCUUCACAAUAAGAGUGAAGUAGUGCCAUCUAAGAAAGAAGAAUCUGGGGUUGGGUCAAUGUGGGAUAUACCCCAACAUCUUCGGAUGCCGAUUAAUAAAGAUUUGGGGUCACUCAACAACAACAACAACCCUGGAAAUUGGAACUAUGCUGGGAGCACUACUAGUGUAUUGUCGUCCCAAGUGCAUACAAAAUCUUGGGAGUGGUCUGACCACAGCUACCAAUGCUAAUUGAUGUGGAUUAUAUAUACAGCUAAGACGCAUGGCUAUUAAUUAUAGCUAGCUGGCUAGCUAUAUGGAGUACAUGCUGCUAGCUGCUUCGUUCUUGAAUAUUAUUUUGAGAACAAUAAACAAAACAGCCCAUACCCUCUCACGACAGUGCGGCAAAGCAAUAAACUAUGCCUAAAUGACAUUUCAAUUUUUUGUUUUUUUGGGGAAGUUCAAACUUCCCUCCACCUACAGCCCUCCAAAACUAAAAUGAGAAUUACAUCAUUUUACACACUUCUAUUUAAAGAAUGCAUUGAAUGUGUGCAUUUUAUCCUUCUUCUCUUCUUAACCUUCUUCAUGGCCCCUCAUGCGAACUCUUCUUUGGAUUCUUCCAGUUCCUUUUCCUUUUCAUCAGAUGAGUCAUCCUCUUUUGACAAUCUUCCUCAUGUGAUUGAAGUCCCUUUUGCUAACCUUUUCACUCCUGCAACAGAAACAAAAAAUAGCAACAAAGGUGGUGUACUAAAUCAAAAAAAGAAAAAGGGAGGUAGAUGUGUUACUACAACAGUCAAAGAAUGGCAAACUUCAGCGAGGUGUCAUUAAGAAAGUAGCUGGGGAAUUCGGUUUUUCUGCUAAAACAGUUAGAAAAAUUUGGGCAAUAGCUACAACUCAACUUGAGGGUGGUCUACCCAUUGAUGUUGAAUGCAAGUGGAAAGGAAAGUGUGGCAGAAAAAGGGUCCCAGUUGACAUGGAAAAAAUGGCAGCCAUGCAUUUUAAUAGGAGAAAGAACAUGCGUGCACUUACCCAUGCUAUGGAUGUGUUAAAAUCCACUAUCCAUAGAUGGCUUAAGUGUAAAGAGAUCAGGAUGCAUUCAAGUGCCAUCAAGCCACUACUAUCAAAAAAAGGUGUGCUUAAAGG